GGCGGCUUCAGACUUUCAGUUUCCUACCUCUCUGUCAAAUGUACUUUAACCUCUGCCCCGCCCACUCAGUUCACACACGCGUCCCUGUUUUUUUUUGCAAGCAUGGCUUCUUCGGCUAAGAGGAGAGCAGUAGAUUUGGGUGGAAAUCCCGAAGAAAGUGAAAACAGCUCCGAUGAGAAUCCGGAGAAAGACGAUGAUUCCGGGCAGGAGGACAGCGAGGGGUCAGAAGAGGAGAUCAACGAGGAGGUCAUGGUGGACUUCGAAGCCCACAACAUUACAGCGAACGACUUCGAUGGCGUCAAGAAACUCCUGCAACAGCUCUUCCUGAAGGCUCAUGUAAAUACAUCUGAGAUGACCGACCUCAUCAUUCAACAGAAUCAUGUGGGAAGUGUCAUCAAGCAAGCUGAAGUGCCAGAAGACAGUGAUGAUGAUGAUCCAGAUCAAGUGUUUGGCUUCAUCUCUAUGCUCAACCUUACAGAGAGAAAGGAUGUGCAAUGUGUGGAGGAAGUGAAGGAGCUGAUCGUGGAUCACUGUGAGAAGAACUCCACCCCCAGCGUGACGGAGGAGCUCGAGCAGAUCCUCAAUGACACCACCAAGCCUGUGGGGCUACUGCUGAGUGAGCGCUUCGUCAACGUGCCCCCACAGAUCGCCCUCCCGCUGCACAAUCAGCUCCAGGAGGAAAUCGCUGAAGCUCAGAGGACGAAUAAGCCCAGCGGAAAGUGUCACUAUUGUCUGAUGAUCAGCAAGACCUGCAAAGAGGCGAGCAAGACUAUUCCAGCCAGAGGAGGAGCUCCCAAAGAUGAAUACUUGUUUGUCAAUGCAGAGGAGGAAUUCUUCUAUGAGCAAGCCAUCAUGAAGUUCCACUACUCGGUCCAGGAAGAGACAGACUCCUGUUUGAGCGGCAGGUGGUCGUUCGACGACGUACCCAUGAAACCUUUCAGGACAGUGAUGCUGAUACCGACAGACAGAAUGCCUGCUAUUAUGGCCAAACUCAAAGAGUACCUAACUGUGUGAACCUUGCAAUAAACUAAGACACCUAUGCAUACUGCAGACCUUCAUGCUCAUGGAAAUUGUUUAAUAUACUUGUAACAGACUGUAGAUGAAAAUGUUUUCGUACUAUGAGCUACAGUAGUCGCCAGGAUUAUAAAUCUGACAUUUAGUAAAUGUUGCGCAUUUUUGCAAAUUCCUUUAAACUACAGAAAUAUACCCAGUAUGUCAUGUGAAUAUAAAUACGCACCAAGUCAUGUAUUCUUUUUUUUCUUUUAUAUAAAAGUUGUUUAUAACAAGAUUAUGAACCAAGACAGAUAUGAUAAAUCUUUUGCCGUGACAACAGCUGAUGUGAGUGUGGAGUCCAGUCUCAGCAGAUGGAGAGAGGGAUGUGUCCUUUGCCAUUAAAUCUAUUACCAAAUAGUUAAACACUAUAAAUUAACCAAAUUGAAAGCAGAUCUAGAUUGUCCCUUUGACAUAACUUUGUGGAUAAUUUUCACACUUGGUCCGGCUUCUUGACGUGAAAUUGAACAUACAGUAUACAUUUUUCAUUUAUGCAAACAAGCAGAAUCUUGAAUUUGAGUUUAUUGCACCGUUUUACAGAAGAUUUUCUUAUUCAGCAUUUCUGUAGAUCUCUUGCCACUGUUUAAUAAAUGCGAUCUACAUGC